AUGCAUCGUCGUUGGUUAUCCGUGCCCUUGCUGUCUAGCUGUGUCUCUGCAUUCUAUCCCUACCAUACUGGCGAUGGCCGCCAUGAGAACAACAAGAGGUUCAUUCCUUUGGGCAUUGAGCCAGUGCACGAAGGGGACUCAGGUCCGGUGACCAUUGACAUCAAGAAGGCUAUGCUGAAACGGAACAAUCUGUUCCCCGUCCUCAACUCGUCUGCCCCCGACGUCCCUAAUGCUAUGGCCAUUAACCAAGACGGCUCCGACUACACCUACUUCUCCACCAUGAAAUUUGGGUCCAAGGGUCAAGAGAUGUACAUGUUGAUUGAUAGCGGUUCAGCUAAUACCUGGGUUAUGGGCACAAAUUGCAAGUCGAAUGCAUGUCAAAUACAUAACACAUACGGCAGUGAAGAUUCGACCACCCUCGAGACAACCACUCAAACAUGGAGCAUGACCUACGGCACUGGAGAAGUUGAAGGGGUGGUGGUCAAAGACACGGUGCAGUUGGCCAACUACUCGAUAGAGCUGGGCUUUGGCCUCGCAUCUUCAGCGUCGGAUGAUUUCAAUAACUAUCCCAUGGACGGUAUUCUGGGACUUGGACGACCCGCCUCAGACGCAUUGGGUUCACCAACAGUCAUGCAGGUAUUGGAUGAUAAAGGCCAUUUGUCGUCGAAUAUCCUGGGCAUCCACCUACAACGAAGCUCUGACGGGACCAAUGAUGGACAAAUUACCUUUGGAGGGAUCGACUCGUCCAGAUUCAAUGGCAAACUGUCAUAUUCCAAAACAAUUAACAGCAACAGCUGGCAGAUCAACGCGGACGAUGCAGGCGUGGACGGCAAGUCGGUGCGCUUCAAAUCCAAAACCGCCAUGAUUGAUACCGGGACAUCGUACAUCCUGCUGCCUCCCGACGACGCCGAAGCAUUGCAUGAACUUAUCCCUGGCAGUGAUGCAAGCGGUGAAACCUUCACGAUACCUUGUUCCUCUUCAGCCAAUGUCUAUUUCACCAUCUCCGGCGUGAAAUACUCGGUAUCCCCCAAAGACUAUGUCGGCAAGCCAACCGGCAGCAGUGGGAGCUGUCAGAGUAACAUAAUCGGGCACCAGGCGUUCGGGCCGGACGAUUGGAUCCUGGGGGAUGUGUUUCUCAAGAACGUCUACACAGUCUUGGACUUUGACAAUGCGAGGGUCGGGUUCGGCACGAAAUCAGGAGCGGGUUCUGCCGGUGACAACACUGCCACCACCUCUGGCUCGACAUUGUCGGCAACAAGCGGCGCUCGCUCGUCAAGUGCUUCUGCAUCGACCUCGGGCUCCGGCCCAGCAUCGAAAUCCCAGACGACAAUUUCAACCUCGAUAACGUCAAAACCGAGCACGCUGGCUUCUACAGUCGGUGCUGGAGCUCCGUCCGCGUCGUCCACAGGAGCAAGCGACAGCAGCCCCUUUGGAGAAUCCAGCGGCUCAGGUUCUUCUUCCUCUUCUUCAUCAUCAACCUACACCGCGGCGGACUCAAGAGCCAACCUUCUAUUGCCGCUGAUAGCAUUCGCAUUCAUUGCAGGAUUAAUUCUAUGA